AAAGGACUCCCCCGUCGAGUCUGGACAUCACGUUUAAACCCACCACGGGCAAUCAAGGCCACGCCGACGACAUCUCCAAGCCCACCACCACUCUCCCUCGACCACAACCGUCCACCGUCAAGAUGGCGCCUCAAGGGGACGACACCGUUUUUCAGCCCAAGGACGCCAUCAAGUCCGGCGUCAGUGGCGCCCUGUUCAGUGGUGGAGCCGGUCUCUUGAUGGCUUCCCUCCGCACUUCCAUGAAGAAGAACAACGUCGGCAGCAUGCACGUCUUUACCCACGGCGGAGGCACUAUCAUCAGCUUUACUCUCGCCGGUGGUAUCUACAGAUUCGCCCAACAGGCCUCGGCGAACCUGCGCGAGAAGGAAGACGGCUGGAACCAUGCGAUCGGUGCUUUCCUCGGUGGAAGCGUCAUGGGCUUGCGAUCUCUUCGUUUCCCCGUCAUCCUCGGUUUCGGCGCCAUGGCCGGCUCCGUCGUUGGUGCCUUCGCCUUCUCCGGCGGGCUAACCGGAUGGGGGAGGGACCCCAAUGUCGACGAGUUCGAGAGGAAAGAGGCCAUGCGUCUGAACAGGAGGAGGCCGGUCGAGGAAACCCUUGCGGAAGUUGGCGAAGGUCGGGGUAUCUACCCACCCGGUUACCAAGAACGCAGGCGCCAGAGACUCCUUGAGAAGUACGGAGUCGAGGUUAAGCCCGUCUCUGCGGAUCCCAACGUUGCUUCUGCUUGAGAGGUGCGAAACGCUUGAAGAUACAAACAUGAGGAUGAUGGUGAUGAUGAUAACAGGCAAGUUGGGAUAUACAGACCCAUGGUUUCGGGACAGCGAGGGCCCUGGAAAACAGGACUGGCCUUACAGAGACAGACAUCAGGGAAGAACAGGAUGGGCUUUCUUUGACUUCUUCUAAUACUCAUGUCCUGUGGACACAGAAGAAGGAGGACAAAAAGAGCAAUGGGAAAAACUGUACCAUACCAUCCAAUAACAUGUUCUCCUUCUUAGAUGAUC